AAUUUUGUGAAAUAAGGGGGAUUAAGAGAUUUAAUUUGUACUAUAAAAACGGAAGCUGGCAAAUUUUUUUCAUUCACUUGAAUCUGAUCGAAUCAACUGUUAUAUCAUGCGUGGUCUGGUUUUGUUAACGCUUGUGAGUGCAGCCAUAGCGGCCCCUGAGCGCAUCGCCAGGAUCGUCGGCGGCGAUGCAACCACCAUCGACCAGUACCCGUACAUGAGCAACAUGCUGUAUCACUUGAUUGGAGCCUGGUGGACGCAGUGGUGUGGCGGAUCGCUCAUCACUCCAACAUCUGUCCUCUCGGCGGCUCAUUGCUAUUAUGAAGAUUUACCAACCCAGUGGCAAGUCCGUCUUGGCUCGAGUUUCGCCUCUAGUGGCGGACAAGUGAUCCCGGUCUCCGCUCUAGUUCUACAUGCCCAGUAUGAUCAUAAUAUGAGGGAACAUGACGUGGCUAUAGUCAAGUUGUCUUCCGCCGCUGUUCUGUCAUCACUCGUCGCCACCGCCCGCAUCCCUGGCCCCGAAUACAUCCUGGCUGAUAACACUGUUGUCACUUAUAUCGGAUGGGGUGAUUUAUGGUUUAAUGGUGUGCAUGCUGAGCAGCUUCAACGUGUCCACGUGGAUGUCAUCAACCAGGCACUUUGCGCUGAACGUUAUGCCUACCUCAGGACCCUACCCGGGUUUCAGCACUGGCCCGUUGUUACCCCAGAGAUGAUAUGCGGUGGUAUCCUUAAUACUGGAGGGAAAGACGCUUGCCACGGUGACUCUGGAGGUCCCUUAGCCCACGACUCAGACGUGAUCGUCGGUAUCACCUCCUGGGGCUUUCAAUGUGCCCAUCCCUUCUACCCUGGUGUCAACGCUAGAGUUUCUUCUUACACUGAUUGGAUUGUCGCUAAUGCCUAGGUAAUAGGUAAUAAAUAAUAGUUGCAUAAA